AUUUGCUCUGCGCAUGCGCAGUUACACGACGAAAGUCAGAUGGUGGAAUAAUCUAAAGAAAUUUACUUUCGAUUGUUUUGAUACUAGGAAGCCCUAAAGAUGUCAAAAUUGGAACAAGUUCUUCUUAUUGAACCAUCGAAUGAACUAGUUUUUCGAGGUCCAUUCAAUGAAGUGGUUACAGCUGAUUUGAAGUUAACCAACCCCUCAGAUAAACGAGUAUGUUUCAAAGUGAAAACUACAGCACCAAAGCGAUACUGUGUCAGGCCAAACAGUGGUGUCAUAGAGUCAAAGGGUUCAGUCACUGUGGCUGUUAUGCUUCAACCAUUUGACUAUGAUCCCAACGAAAAGAAUAAACACAAGUUUAUGGUGCAAACAAUGUUUGCUCCUGAUGGCAAAAUAGAUAAUCAAGAACAAUUAUGGAAGGAUGUAUCACCAGACCAGUUGAUGGAUUCUAAGUUGAAAUGUGUGCUAGACCCCACUGGGAAUUCAUCAUCACAGAGUUCAGUGGUUGCAGAAGAAAAGGUAAAAGCUGUUAAGCAAGAAAACGUACAUACACGGCCUGACCUCCCAAUCCCCCGCGUUGAGGCCAGUCCCGCGUCAUCCCAAAAACCAAACGUAACUGGUGGUGACUCACAGAAACGACAAGACGAAGAAAUUAGAAGACUGAAAGACCAGAUAAAUCUUUUGAAAGAAGAGAAUUCAAAUAUCAAGGCUGAAGAAGUUCGUUUAAGGAAAGUUGCAAUGUCGGAUACUGUAUCUUCUACGCCACCACCGUCGCAGCGAGUUGAGGUUCCAACAUCACAAGCGUCUGCUCUUCCACCAUAUGUCUACCUUAUAGUUGCUCUUAUUAUUGGUAUCUUAUUAGGCAAGAUCCUACUGUAGUGUUGUACCGUGGAGAAACAAACAAGAGACAUUUUUAUUAAGACUGGACUUAUUUAUUUUUAAAGCACUAAAAAAAUCGUAUAUUGCAAAAAGGGGCCAUACGCAGUUUUUAGGAAGGGAUAUAGAGACUUGCAGAUGCAAGUUAAAGAAAUGAUGUGUGAUCAUUCAGAAUCCAGAAAUUUCAGCAUCUCAUAUUGUUCAUUAAUAGCUAAACAAUCUAUAGUGAGUUUUAUAAGAUAUAAAUACCUUAUAUAAUUAAAUAAAUGAAUACCUUAGUUUUUGGUGGCAGAUAUCAUGUUAUGUUGUGAAUAUUAUAUUAAGUCAUUGGAAUAUGUACAUUCAUCUGCUGUUUAAAAACAAUAUUAUGAUAUUUUAUAUACAUCUGUUAUGAUAAGAUGGUUUUCAACACACUAUAUCCUUAAAAUAAACAUUGGUCAAUAUUGUUGAUUUUAGAGUGAGUGAAACAAUUAGUUUACUGUGUCAAGUUUGGGUUAUUUUUUCAUUGAUUAUUCAUGUUCUGAUUUAAAACAUACAAUGUAUAACAUAAUUUGUUUGCACCUGUUCUGUUUUAAGAUUUAUUUGUUACUAAAACCUUAACCUAGAAAAUGAUUUACUAACAAUUAACAAACCACUUCCCUGGAGCCAUGUAUAAUUAGCAAGAUAAAAAAAUUUCAUACCAUUCAUAUUACAAAGGCCAAUUAGUCUUAUGGUCUAAUUUGCUAAAUCAAGUUGGUUAAAUCACUACAAGUACUAAACAGAAACACAGAUGUCCAUAACCAUGACAACAACAACAAAACAACUGAAUUAUGUAAAGAAGCAAAUCAUUCUAUAUAUCAGAUAUUAAAAAAACCUCAAAUUGUGAGAUAAAAGUAAAGAUAUAUCAUGUUUGUUCCAUGUUCAGUAUCAUAUAAUGGUAGGGAUGUGUAAAGUUUAUACCAGAUGUCAUUGUAAAAAAAAAAAAUCUACUUUUGAUUAUAAAUCAUGUUGUAUUUUACAUAAGUUAAUGUUUGUGUACAUGCAUUGUAUUAAAAAUGUAUAUAUGAGUUUUCUCCCUUUGAAUUAUUUCAUUCAUUUACAUAAAGUAUGCUUCAGAGUCUGGAAUACAUGUUUGCACUGAAAAAUGAAAGAAGAAAAUAAGAAAACUUUAUCCAUUAAAAAACCAAUUUGUAUACAUAUGAUAUGUACAGUGUAACAGUGGUGACUGUGUUCAGUGACCUUCCAUUGUAGACAGAAUGUCACUACAAACAAGGAGUCGUUAAGCCAGUCCCAAGUGUAUCACUAACAGCAUUGACAUUAAGAGGCUGUUUCUGGGUCUCAAAUGCAUUUUGGAUCACCUCGAAACACUCGUAAGGGUUGGGUAUGUGAUCAAUCCAAAAAUGAUAGCCUCAAAUUCAAACCAUUGCAGAAAAAAUUAAUGAUAACUCUGGGUAAUCUUUGUGUGUUAAUACCCAGAAGUUUUGUUGUAAAAUGUUACACUUGCACUAAAUUUCUUCAGAUUUGAGGUUUAACAUGGAUGUAUACUGUGAAGUCUUUUCUGGGGUGUUUGUUAUAACAAGGAUUUUUAAAGGGAUUUUACUUUGAAUAAUUUGAUAAGUUAUGACUGUACUAGAAGCUAAAAGUCUGUAGACAUACUAUCUAUAUACAAAGCUGCCAUAACAUUCAAAUCAUAAAGAAGUUAAUGAUAUAAUGUUUAAUGAACAGAUUUGAAAUCAUACAUCAUGACCUUAGUGCUGUAACAGGUUAAGUCCUUCUAAAAUUAAUAGGAGUUAACCAGUUACUGCUUAAAGGUAACAACAUGUCAUAUAAUGUAUAUUUAAUGAACACUUGUCACCAAAAAGUCUCUAAUAUGUCACUGCUAUAAAAGUUGUUACUGCUCCCCGAGUAUAUGUGUACAUUAGUGUCUGUCUGUAAAUGUUUGUAAGCAUAUAGCUUUGUUAAUAAUACUAAUUUUCUGUCAAGCUUUAUCUUACUUCCUUGUAUACAUGUACAUUUAAAACACGCUUUACCUAUUUUUAGUCACAAGACAAUCUUGUUAAA